CUUCACUUGUUCAACUUGCCUACCUUAUUGGACUUGAGCGAUUCUUUCUUUGAAACAUUUACCAUUAGCUGGGAGCAACACCAAAAGCCAGAGUCUUCUGAUAUUUUCAGAAGGAACAGUUCUUUUAUCGAUCUUUUCUUUUUCUUUUUUUCAUUCAUUCAUUCAAAGCAACUUGCACCUCACUCACAGAGACUCGAGGGCAACAGCCAUGUCCCUGUCACCUGGAGCAGGCCCAUCCGGUGGUGGAGUAGGAGGAGGAGGGAGUGGUGGUGGGGGCAACAACCACCACAGCCACAGCCACAACCACAAUCACAACCACAACCACAACCACAACCACAACCACAACCACAACUUCGGUGGCGGCGGCGGUGGUGGAGGUCCAUCUUCAUCCUCGUUUGCACAUUUCCACAAUAAGAGCUUCAACAAUAGGAAGUUCAAUUCAGCUUAUAUGAACACGACGGCGACGACCAGCUCGGGAUCACUUUCAUCGUCGUCAUUAUCAAACGACGACGAGGACGACGGCGACGCUUUCACUUCUGUCAUGCGCGAUCGUCAGGCGAGGGGGAAGGACCCCUAUAAUUCGGGGGAUGGGUCUGAGGGGAGUGACUUGAGUGAUCGGGAGGGUGGGAUUGGGACGUCGAAGUUGAGGUUGGGGGGGGGUGGUGGUGGAGGGAGACCUGAGAAGGAGGAUUACGCGAGCAGAGAGCUUCGUCAAAAGGCGAUUGCCUUUUUGGAUAAUCCUGAGCUGCUGAUGAUGUAUGCUCAGAGUACGGGUGAUAGCAUACCAGGUGCCCGUCUCCAUUUUAUGCGUCUCCUUUGUGGGUAUGACGAUCUCCCUCAGCAUUCUUCCAGCAAUAAAGUGGCAACGUCAGGUUCACGGUUUGCCAACCGACCUGAUCACCCUAGACAGCAAGCUCACAAUAUCGGUGAGAAACGUCGCCGAUAGACAGUACUGCCUCUCCUUGGAGCCAGUUAUGGGUUUCCCAAUCAGUACACAAUUCUUACCCAUUGUUUUCACCACUUCGUUCCCAGCUCGCUCGCUUGUGUCGAGCUAAAUUUUGUGGUUUUUCCUGUCUCUUGUUUAACAUCAGCGAAUGUGUUCUGUUUCAAUUUUAUGGAGAUUUUCCAGGACUUUGUGAGAUGGGGUUUGGCAUCGAACCUGUCGUCUUAAGGGGCAUUUGGAUGAAUUAUGAUGACAUGACACGGGCACAAAAUAAAAAAAGGAGAAAAGGCAAAAGGAAAGAGUACCAAGAUAGCAUGGUUAAUGAGUGAUUCUUUUGCCGUUGAGCAAUCAUAUGCGUGGCAGCACGGAUGUCGAGUCUUCUGUUCCAAGGCAGUUUCAUGAGGGGGGUGGCUGGGGCUGGAUACUACAUGCAAGAGAGCAUGGGCAAAUUGGUUAGUUACUCCCUGUCUAGAACAGUUCAAGUACAUCAUCCCCUGGUUCAUUCAUACUCUGUGUUCCAGGACUGUUCUGUGCGAUAUAUAUAUGAUCUCUUCCCUCUCCUCGUCCAGGUUCAAGCAAGGGCAACCAACUCCGUAUCGAAAAACCAACAACCUGACCGCAGACGCCUUGCUUCCCUACUCUCCAGUAACAUCAGGAGAACCGACCAACUAGUGAAACUCAGCAUCUACCCUCCCAUACCUCACCCCGUCAACCUUGAGCUCGAACCCCAGCCCUGCACUGUCGACGAUCAUCUCGAGGGUAAAAUCCAGAUUGUCAAACUCAACACCGCGUGUGGUUGUCAGUCUGGUGAACAAAUGCCUGGGCACCGCGCUGAGGUCCGUGGUCAGCGUGCAGACGUGGACCAGAUCCCGUGUAAAAGCCUUGGGCGGCUCAUCAGCCUGGCAGGCGAUGAGGUCGUCGGUGACGACCAACGACUGCCCCGGGCGAAAGUUGCGGGUGUAGUGGAAGGCGAUGGGUUGCAUGGGCGAUAGCGCUUCUCCCUGUUUUUGUUUUCUCUUUUGUUGGCAUGUUGGAACUGGAAUACGGGGACGAGAGGGUGGGAGACUAACCUUUGCAAUAUGCCAUUGCAUCCUGUCACUGACCAUCCACCUCUCCCACAGCGGCGACCAGUACCUCUCCGCCACAGAGUGCUUCUCCUCGUCGUACACAGUCGCAUACGACGUGCCAUAGUGCAUUCUCGCCUUUCGGGAUAUGACCAUGUUACCUUCCAAGCCGCGCAAAACCGCGCCGCGGACGACGGCCGUCCAGGCGUAUACCGGCUGCAUCACCUCCACCGAGGGCCGCUCUCGCAUGUCGAUGUUGGCCUGGGAGGGUCUCUCACUAUAGGGAGGGGGGGCGGCGCUGGUGAAGUGAGUCUUGAGCUUGUGGUAGAGGUAGUCGCUUUGUCCGAAGCCACCGACGAGGAUGAUGCCCGAGACGAUCGCCCCCAACGCGCGGAGGUUGUCGACUUGACCUUGGACGAGUUCGCAGACUUCUUUGACGACGGGGUCGAAGAUUUCUUUGAUUUGGUCGGCUGUCAUGACGAGGAAGCCCGAGUCGAGGCCGGCUUCUUCGUCGUCGGGGAGGCCGGGAAACCUAAAGGGGGUUGUUGGUUAGGUCUCCAUGAGGGUGAGGGGAGAGGGGGAAAAGGGGUACGUACGGCACAUUGACCUCCUGAUGUUCGUCCUCGUUGAAAUUCCUCUUGACAAACUCCUCGAAAUACCGCAGCCCCAUCUGCCAUGUCUUGCCCUUUUUCGCCUUCAUGUCAUCGAACCUGCUCUGUCCGAGUCUGGACUUGACAUGCUCUUCGAACCGGUAGUUGAGAAAGGCGCUACCGCACAACCCGCCGGUUCCAACGGCUGAUUCUUCUACUUUUAUGGGGUUCAGAGAGACGAUUUUGUAGGCGAUGAGGCUGGGGUGUUUUGUCAGCUUCGUUGCCCCUUUUCCCGGGC